AUGGGUCGUCGACCUGCCCGUUGUUACCGUUAUUGCAAGAACAAGCCAUAUCCAAAAUCUCGUUUUUGUCGUGGUGUACCUGAUCCAAAAAUUCGUAUAUUUGAUUUAGGACGAAAAAAAGCUCGUGUUGAUGAAUUUCCAUUAUGUGUUCAUCUUGUUUCUGAUGAAUAUGAACAAUUAUCAAGUGAAGCACUUGAAGCUGGACGUAUCUGUGCAAAUAAAUAUUUAGUUAAACAUUGUGGCAAAGAUGCAUUUCAUAUACGUAUGCGUGUUCAUCCAUUUCAUGUACUUCGUAUUAAUAAAAUGUUAUCAUGUGCCGGUGCCGAUCGUUUACAAACAGGUAUGCGUGGUGCAUUUGGUAAACCAUUAGGUACUGUUGCUCGUGUUAAUAUUGGUCAAGUUAUUAUGUCGGUUCGUGUUAAAGAUCAACAUAAAGCACAAACUAUUGAAGCUUUACGUCGUGCUAAAUUCAAAUUUCCAGGACGACAAAAAAUUUUCGUUUCCGAUAAAUGGGGUUUUACAAAAUUUACUCGUGAAGAUUAUGAUCGUUUAUUACAACAAGGACAAUUACAAUAUGAUGGUGGCAAUGUUAAAUAUUUGCCUAAUCAUGGUCCACUUGCACAGUGGAAAAAACGACAAACUGUUUAA